AUGGAUGCCGGUAUCAUCGCUGCGUUCAAGAGCCACUACAAGCGUCGUCAAAUGGAUCAUGUUUUAGACAUCAUUGAUGAUCCUACCGUCGAGUCCGGUCGCGAACCAAGAAACUUGUACGCCGUGGACGUGCUCACGGCAAUACGUUGGUCGGUUUCCGCCUGGAAUUGCGUCACAUCAACGACCAUUCGCAACUGCUGGGCUCAUACGGGGAACGAGUUCAAAAUUCUGAACUGGCCAUCCAUGCCAAGACCGAAGGGCGACAGGGCCGGCGUCAUGUCGAAGAAGCGCCCGCUUCGAGAAAAGCUGGCCAUCGUGGAGGAAUGGGAAAAGUCUGGGGGGUCCAAGUACGUGGUCGCCAAGAAGUAUGGACUCCAGAGCAGCCAGAUCACGCGGUGGGCGAGGAACAAAGCCACCUUGGUCGAGCGUGCAUCGGCGCAUCCCAACAACUUGACGCUGCAUGUCGGUCGCUGUGUGACCAACCCCGAUGCCGAAGAAAAGCUGCUUGCAAUCUAUCGACAUCGGCGGGAGAAUGACUUGCCAAUGACAGCGAACAUUCUCAUCGAACAAGUGCUCACGAUCGAUCCCAACUUCCACCACGGCGCAAAGAAGGCCUUGACCAGUUGGGUGUAUGGGUUCAUCGAGCGAAACAAACUGGCGGUGUCCCGUUCAAAGCGUAAUUCCGUGACGGAGGUCGCCACUCGUCGCGCGUCGGCCAAGCCGCGCAAGUCGACCACAUCAACGACUGCUGCACGUCCAAAGGCCCCGAUCGCAGGUGAUGAUGGUAAGGAUGGCCAAACGUCGAAGCAAGCGAAGGGUGAUGUUAUCAAGGGCAACCACACGGAAGAGAACUCGCUGCUGCAACCGUCAACCGACACGGCGGAAGACUUGUCCGCGGCCGCAUGCCGUCACGUCCGCUUGUUCAAGGACGCCUUGGGCUCCGAGUAUUAUUAUGCUGCGUUGGAUCUGCUGUCGGACCCUGCCGUGGCGAGGACAUUCAUGGUCAUGGGUGACGACGAUCGACUUGGGUGGUUGCAGUGGAAGUUGACCAAAGCAGCUUCGUCAUAACUGGUUGGAGUUAUAAUGUGAUGUUGCUGAGUUGCUCGA